CACGUCAGAAACACUUGCAUGAUCCCACCCACAACCGCCCACAACCGCCUGCUCUCGCCCUCACGCCGAUAUCACCGCAUAUUCCACCGCGCACACAGCUCUGAUCACCGGCCGCAAUGGAUGGCCGGCUGCCCCGUUGAUAGGCGCAUCUUACUCCGCACAUGGGGAAACGGGCCCAAUCGCACGAUCGUGUAGCCGCUCUCGUGCAAGCUUGACACGCAGAAUCUUCCACAGCCGUCCGGCUUGCUUGUCGUAGCACCAGCCGGCUCCUCCACCUCGACUCGAAGAAAUGUUGGGCUCCUCGGAGUCGCGCCGCCGCCGAAGGGACCCCGACCGAGACCGCAGCAGCCCGAAGAGCAGGGACAAGGACCGCGACCGCGACAGGGAGCGCCAUAAGAGCAGCAAGCCGUCCAAGUCCGCCCACAGCUCGCGCAAGACCCGCUCGUCGGCUUCGCGCGAGGACGACGGCGAGCGUGAGCGCCCGCGCGAGCACUCGUCCAAGGAGCGCAUCCGGACGUCGUCGUUGUCGACCCCCGUAUCCCAGAAGAUGGCAGUCGUGCCAGAGUUGGAACGGCGGGGCUCGUUGGGCGUGGGUUCCGCUAACGGCUCGAAGACCAGCCUGUCGUACCCAACAUUCUCCAAGACGCACAGCAAAGAGAACAUCUAUUCGCGCCCGGAGCCCGUAGAACGGAGGAAGUCGCCAUAUACCCCCGAACCGACCGACGUCGGGGAGGCACCGCAAGAGAAGGAACGAGCACCCUCGGCGCCCACACGAGCGCCUCCGAGUCCGCCGCUCACGGCAACGACGGCAGCAGAUCUGAGGAAGACGGCCAGCGCGAACAGCAUGAGGCGGAAGGACGCUGAGGCGAUACACAAGGAGAUGGAGGGGGGCCGACGCAGCGUGGAGAGCGGCACCCGCGUAACCUCUGAGCUCCGGGGGAAAGCCUCGCGCUCCAGCGUAAGAGCUGGCGAGGCGGACGGAACAGACGUGACGUCCACGACAUUAAGUCAGCCCAGCACAGUGCGAGGGAAGUCUCCAAGGCUUGCGCCGCCCAAAGUACGGACAGCCAGCCCAUCCAUUGCCCGGCCACCAGGAAAGGUGCCGUCAACGACCGUUAGACCCGCCUCGCAGCAGGCCUCCGAGGUUACGCUGUCGACCGACUCGGAUGCCACAUCAGUCCCUCCAGAUCGUCCUAAGCAAGCGGAGCCGUCUCCCUCCAACUCCGAAAUCUCACCCGAUUCCGUUGUCGAUUCAUCGCCGCGCACGCCCACACAGCAUUCGGUGCUUCCCUCUGUCGUCACCUCCCAGAAAGUGGAAAGGCCACCAACCGUUGAGAUUGUCACGGACCCUGCUUCUCGUAUCCAGUCAGCUGACCCUGGGUACGGCUCUUCGCCAUUGACACCGCCACCGCCGCCGCCUCCACCAGCGCUCAUUGACCCCCCAAGAGUAGACUAUCUACUCCAGAAUGGCGGACUAUCACGACCUGUCCCGCGUUGCCUACUGGCCGCUAUUGAUGGCGCACCAGUCGCUGCUUACUCCCAGUACUUGUCUCCACGCAUGACUGGACCUCAAACGCAUGAUGCCCGGACGUUCUUUCGGCCUCUCGAGAAGCUCCUUAAUGAGUACAACACAGUGAUCGACACCAGUGGCUCGCUUGCAGUAGCCACAGGCUACCGUUCUGUAGCACGCCGCCUCUUGGACCGCCUUGAGGCUGUCUUCGCCCGUAACAUUUCAUCGGAGCACUGUCAAUGCAUCAUGUGCUUUGAGAGGCCAAUGACGCCUGCACACGAGGACCACGCCGGAGUCAACUGGGGCGAGAUUCUAGAGCUCGUGUCUGGCCGCUGCGACUUGCCGCCUUGGCCGCCGGUUGAGCAACCUCCGGUAGGUGGUUUGGGCAUCUCAGAGCUGGAAGACCCUUGUCAACGCAUCGACGUCGAUGUUCCAGAGCAAUUCCGAGAGCAUUAUCAACAGCAGUCACGGAAAACCAAGGCAGCUGUGCAAUCGUGGCUCUCCAGCCAGCAAGACGCCAUACCAGAGGACGCAGAUGAUGAGACGCUGACCUUUGCGAUGCUCACUCGUCUUGAGCAACCCCAGCGACCUCUAUUCUAUGCGUUAUUCUACGGCAUGGACGAAAUACCCACCCCACGCUCGCGACCAGAUAAAACUAAAGGUACUCCACCGACGAUUGCCAAGGCAGCGCUGGCAUUGCAGCGGCUCUACCGCCUUUCUAAGAUUCCGCGUGACCAGUUCGUCUGCAUGUAUCUGAUCCGAUAUCCUGACAUGCACAAUAUCCUGGCUACUCUGUCUGCGGUAACAAAGCACGAGUGGGAGAUUCUCGUGUCCGGCCGCUUCGAUGGGUUCUUAUGGUCAGGCGCCGAAGACAUGCCCAACUUGAGCUCUCCACCUCCAGGUGCGAGUCCCCGAGGCCCAUCUCGGGGCCCAUCCCGUGGCCCGUCGGGUCAAAUUCCCCCUACCGACGGACCUCAACGCUUCACAUCACCCUUGAGUCCUACACCGUACACGCCAUUCAGCCCAGGACCCUCACCCCGACCCGGAUCCUCUCGUCCAGGCUCAACUCGCCCCACAGGCCCAGCACCCGUCCAGCUCGACGAAGAAACCGAGAUCGCCGUCCUCGCCGAAAUCGAACGCGAAAUCUACCUCGGCAUGGAAGCCAUGGAAGACGCCUUCGAGCAACUGCACAUCUCGGCCGAAAACGUACGCCGUCGGCUACGCGAGCGAGGCGCCGCGCUCUCCAUGGUAGCGCAGGCGCGCCGUGGGUCUACCGUCGGCGGCAUCGAGGUCAGGAUUGACACGCCGGCGAGCUGUGUCAGCGAUCUCGAUCAAGAGGGCCUAGAGGAUCUGAGGAGUGAGAUCGGCCCGGACGACAGCGCGAGCAACGUUAGUCAUAAUCGGAAGAGGAGGGGGCAUCGGGCGCGGGAGCGGAGGACGCCGGCGCCGGUGGCCGAGGAGAGCGAGGUGGGGAGCAGUCUUGCGGAGCGGGUGAGGAGGAAGUACUAAAUCAAUUUGAGUGACGGAAGAGACGCAUCUAUCUACGCCAUAGGAAGCAAUAUAUCUGCACAUGGAGGGGGGAAUACGCGUGCAGCGGCUGGGGUUCUAUUUAUGCAUCGGAGGUCUGGUGUUCUCGGUCAAUCGUUUGUUUGUGCUUCUGUAUUGCAUUUUCGGAAGAGGCUGGCGCAUGGAGUAUGAGCGAGACUGUGGUCUCUCUGGGGCUUAAAGUGAGAAUGGAAAUGGAAUGGACGGGUCUACCGGGUUAACGGCCGCGAAACAACAAUAUGGAUACCCCCUGAGCGAACGGACGGUCGAAUGGACUGCAGGGUUGCGUGAGAGCAUGCAUGGCAUCCUUUCGAGCCGACUUUUUUUUUU